GUUGUCCUGCAGCUGUCAUGUUCUAUCACUCUGUUAGAUGAUCCUGUCAGGUCUAUGUUCCUGCUUGAAGGUGGUUGGAUACUCAACAUUAUAUCAACUGCAGUGGACCAGAGACAGAGCUCAGAGAGGUACCAGGUGAAGUCACACAUCAGAGCUACGACACAACUACUUGUCAGUACAGUUGGAAUCAUACAGUAGAUAUUACCAUUACAAGUCAGUAAGAAAGGUAAUUAAACAGUUUGUUAAGAUGGAUGACUACGUCAACAAAGAGAUUGUUGAAAUUGACAAGGUUAUUGAAGGAAACCAGAAUGGAGCAAUGAGGAGAGUGACAACUGAGACACAUCCCUCAGUGUGUAUCUCCCCAGGACCUGACGUUUCAGGGAGAAGAAUCUACAGGAUGGUUGCUGUAAGCUUUGGGAUGCUAUGUGUUCUACAAGUCACUCUCAACAUCUCCCUGCGACUAGAAUCAGACUGUCUGACUGAAGAGAGAGACCAGCAACAGAGUGAGAAAGAUGAAAAGUUCUCUAUUCCGGGCUGGAACAAGUUUGAAUCCUGUUGGUACUUCGUCUCUUCUGAGAGUAAAACCUGGAGUGAGAGCAGACAGGACUGUAUGGAGAAAGGAGCAGACCUGGUGAUCGUAAACAGCAGAGAGGAACAGAGAUUUCUCUUUGCCCUCAACAAGAGAUUCUGGAUCGGUUUGACUGACAAUGAGACUGAGGGGUCCUGGAAAUGGGUUGACGGCACACCACUGAUAACAAGUUACUGGAUAAUCGACCAGCCUAAUAAUGGACGAAGUGUUUCAACCUUUCCGGGGAGGACUUUUAAAGGAAAAGAACAUGUCCCAGAUGUGACCAAGAGGGUCAAGUUUGACAGAAGUGAAGCUGGGGAGAUGAUUGUGGACAUCUACGGCAGUGCAGACACCGAGGGACCAUGA